AUGUCUUACUUUGGUGGAAGGAAUCAGCAAGCCGUCAAUCCGCAAAAUAUUGCCAUGGCAGAGCAAGAGCUUGAGAUGGUGACGGAUCUUUUCAAUCGUAUUGUGGAUUCGUGUAAUCAAAAGUGCAUCUCUCGCGAAUACGUCGACAACGACCUUACGGCUCCUGAAUCGUCAUGUAUUGAUAAUUGCGUGGCCAAGUUUUUUGAAGUCAAUAACUCUGUUGGACAAAAAAUGCAAAAAAUGGGACAGCAAUAA